CAGGUGACAUGACUUAAAUAUGUGAUCAGUUUAUACUAGUUACCAAAACAAUUUCAUAAAUAAAAACAUUGCUAAAUUCUUGUUUUCAAAUUCUAAAAAUAAGUGCUUAUAUUGAUUUUCUCCACAAAGAAGGUGCGUUUCGGAUAUUUUAACUCAAAUGACUUGUGAUAAUUUGGAUUGUUUUAUAUCUUGUUUAACUUUAUUCGACAAAGACUAAUCUAAUUCUGAUAAAUAAAUUUACAUGAACCAUUGAAGGCGAAGGAUAUGUUAACAUAAGUGAGUUAUGACAGAACAGUGUAAACAACCAACAAUGGAAAAGGAAGAGUUUAAACAUGGCAGUAACUUGACUGAAGAGGAGAUACAGGAAUUUCGUGAAGCAUUUAAUAUAUUUGAUCGUGAUGGUAGCGGGUCAAUUACAGCAAAGGAGUUGGCUAUAGCCAUGAGAUCCCUUGGUAAGAACCCUACAGACGAAGAACUCGAACGCAUGAUGACAGAGGUGGACGUUGAUGGUAACGGUGAAUUAGACUUUGAUGAGUUUUGUGAUUUGAUGUCUCGCAACAAGAAGGAUGUUACAAGUCACAAAGCUAUAGCUGAAGCCUUCAAAGUAUUUGAUAAAGAAGGAAACGGGAGCAUUCCGCGAGAGUAUUUUCGACAUAUUAUGACGACUAUGGGAGAACGGCUUACGGACGAAGAAGUAGAUGAGAUGCUUGACGAAGCCGAUGCUGAUGGAGACGGGGAAAUCAACAUUCUUGAGUUCACAUCAAUGAUCUCUCAAUCAUAACUGGGUGAUGGAACUGAAUCAUUUUCUAAUACAAUACACACGAUGAACUUUACAACUGUAUCGUAUAUGCAUACCAUUACCGCAUUGCGCUAGUCACGAAGUUACGUUGUUGGUAUGAAGCCACCAAAAGAAAAGAGUUUUAUUUUAGAACAAAAUGUCGUUGUUGUGUGUUCUUUUUCUAAGAAAUGACAUAAGUUUAAUGAGCAUUUGGCUUUAAAUUGUCAACAUGAUUUCUUCUUAAUCUCUGCCCUAAAUAUAAUGGUUUCUGUGUCAUACUUUGAAGUAGAUUAUUGAAGACCCAAGAUUCUUUUCUAUGAAAAGGUGCCAGAUGAAGGGUUAUUAUUUUCACAAGGAAUGUAAUUCAUUUUUGGUCAGAAAUAAAUAAUUCUAAAAAAUUUCAAUUUAUAUAUCGUAACAGUUCAAUAUUUUUAUUUUAAGGCGAGCUUCCGUAUACUUUUCAUACAUCAUUUCUAUGUAAUGUUUUCAUUUAAUUUAUAUAUCUUCAGUAUACAUAUUUCGUUGUUUAUUGCUCGACAACUCAUUUAUACUGUACUUGCAUAUAGUAUCGUUAACGUAUCUGUUGUACUGCAGUACACUUGUUUUUUUUUCAAAACUAACAUUGACAUAUAUUUCUUAUAAUGAUGAUAAUUAUUUUAUUCAGUCAUAUUCGUUCGAAUGUUUAACUAAGAAAAAAAACUCAAAUCUUUUCCUAAAACUAUGUGUCAGGCAAUCAUUUGCAUUUUAAUUGAUGUGAUGUGCAGUAGGCCGGGAUAUCUGGUGCCAGCCUUUGUAUGGUGGUCACGUGUACCUCUUACUGUACUUUUAUAUGACGACAUGGUGGGAGUCGAGGCUGGUCUUGCUUUGGUACGGGAUCAUUUUGAUGUGGCACUUGCUAUGGGCGUUCUUGGGCAUGAAACUGCUUUAUACACAUAAUUUUCAUGUUGUUGUUUUUUAAAGUAACCUUAUAUGAGUAAUCAUUUUACUGAUCUGUUUUGUUUUUUUGUUUUUGUUUUUAGAAUUUUAAGAUGUAAUAGUCUCCUGAAGUUUAAAUUAAGAAAUGUCUUUGUUUUAAUUUCUAUGUUUAUGAGCAUGGAAUACUAGCUCUUGAACAUAUGUUAUUUGUUCUGAAACAAACAUGAACAUACCGCCAUUGUUUAAACUGUUUAAAGUAAAAUAUACGUAGAGAUCGAGGAAAUGUAUAUACAUUAGUCUUAUAUUGUUUAUUUUAUGUAUAAAUCUUUGACUUAAAAUUUGGAUUAAGUUUAUUUCAAAUUGUAAAUUGUCACUUAUGUUUUCCCUUGUUUCUGAUAGUUUAAUGAUUAGCUAGAUUUUACAAAGAUAAUUAUUAUUUAAAACUGAAA